GACAAACCAACAGCUCACCACACAGACACUCAACAUCCAUGGAGUCACUUCUGUGACCAGAGAAGCGAAGCGAACUCAUCCAGUUGACUCUCUGAAGCUUCUCUAGGGUCGACCGUCUCAUACAUCUGAGCUCUUUCAAGACAACGUCCGGUCCCAGCAGCUUCUUCCAUGGCGUCCACGGGUCUCCAGCUGGUGGGCUUGGUGCUGGCGGUGCUCGGCUGGGUGUUUGGGGCGCUGGUGUGUGCAGCUCCUCUUUGGCGAGUGUCUGCGUUUGUGGGUGGUGAGCUGGUGAUCGCUCAGGUUCUCUGGGAGGGACUUUGGAUGAAUUGCUUGUCUCAGACCACCGGCCAUAUCCAGUGUAAGAGCUACGACUCCACCUUGGCUCUGUCCACCUACGCCCAGGCAGCGCGCUGUCUCACUGUCCUCUCCCUGCUGCUCUGUCUCCUGGCUCUCCUCUUCGGUGUGCUGGGUGCCAAAUGCACUCACUGCAUGGCGACCGCCAAGCAGGCCACCAAGGCUCAGCUGGCCAGAAUAUCGGCAGUGCUGUAUAUGGUGGCUGGGUUUGCCUACCUGAUACCCAUCAGCUGGACCGCCUACGCCAUCGUCCGGGACUUCUACGAUCCGAACGUGGCCGCGCCCCUCAAGAGGGAGUUGGGCCCUGCGUUGUAUCUAGGCUGGGGGGCCAGCGUGCUUCUCCUCCUGGGCGGCGCGCUUCUCUAUAUCGGCUCCACUCCAGCAGGAGGCAGCGUUCUGCCUGGCUUUACCAGAGCGGUGAGAGACAAUCCAACCUCAGCAGCAGCAGCAGCAGCGGAAGUGAAGGCACCAGAAAAGUCAUUUGUGUAGUCCUUCUUUAGUAUUGGUUCUUCACUGAUGAGAUCUUUGUUCAGUUAUCCUAAAAUAUGGAGGGAUUCAGAUGUGUCUUUGUGUUGUGAGUCACUGAUGUUUUAAAACUAUUGUCAAUAAAAG